AUGUCUAAAGCACUUUCUAAAUGGUUAAGAAGUGGUGUCAUUAAGCAAAACAUAAAGGAUACACUCAAAUCUACUAUCGACGCAUUACAUACUUGCUGUCCACAAAAGGUCACUCGUGAAGCUUUAUAUAACUCAUUACGUGAUAUUCUAUAUAAUGACAAACUAUUUCGUGAAGAGUCUGAAAUUCACAUCAGAGUGUUUAAUUGGUUUAAGGAAAAAAACUUGUCUUCCUCCAAACAGUCAGUUAUUUUCUUCAGUGAUGAAGAGCAAGGUUCAAUUAUUGAACAUAUUCUUAAUUUGGUUGAAAAGAAACUUAAUAAAUUCCUUGUCAACAUAAUUCCUUUCAAUGUUGUAGAAACAUUUGCUUCCAAACAACAUCCUCCCAUAAAUCCGGAUUUCAGCAAUGCUGAUACACAAUGUAUGCUCAAUUUUAUAAUUGAAAAUAUCAAAAAUUUUGAGAAAUCGGUGUUCUACGGCCAACAUAAAACAAAUCCUGCCAAAAUUUUCAACAACUGCAAAAAAAAUGUAAGGAAUAAAAUAGCACAUGGAAUUGUUGUGGAUGAAAAUGGUCGAUGGGGCGACCAUUCGCUUCAACAUGUCACUAUUCUUGCAUGUGAAGUCAUUAUCUGCAUAGGUGGCGACUAUAAAAAAGCAUAUGCUAUCAAGGAAAAUCUUGAUAACAAAAUUUUUCAGAAGUGGACGGUUAAAACAACUACUGAAGUUGCAAAUAACUACUGUGAGAAUCAGUCCCGACCAAUAAAAAGAAAGUAUGAUCCAACGGAUUUUUGUGAAAUGACAAGAUUUGUCCUUGAAAUUCUAAAAGAGGUUGAAGAAACAAAAGAAGGAACUAAGCAAAAAAUAAUGAAAUUAGCAUUGAGAGAGGAUGAAUAUAUAACUGAGUAUCAGAUGUUAGCUUUCUUACACGAUGAUUCCUUAUAUAAAUCAAUCACUCUUCAUUUUCAUUCACAGGACUUAAAGUGCAAUAGUACCAAAGUGAAAUUGGACUCUGAAAUAAAAGCAGAAAAGUUGGCAGAGCGGUGUGUGGGAAUAAGUUCUCGCGCAAGUCACGUCCAAGUCGACGUGGGUGCGCAACUUACUCGGAGAAUAACUAUGCCGUUGUUCAAUGAA